AUGACAGAACAUGUAACCAUCGUGGAGGUUCUGAGAAAAAUGAUAGGGCGUAGAGAUGCUUCAAAAACACUUGAGGUGCUGUGGAAUGUUUUAAAGCCACUUGUGUUAAACCCUCCUAGGUUGGAAGAUUGGGCUGCCAUAGCAGAUGGGUUUGAAGAUAGGUGGAAUUUUCCAAAUUGCAUUGGGGCAAUUGAUGGUAAACACAUUAACAUUCAGGCACCACUAAACUCUGGAAGUACAUUUUUUAAUUAUAAAGGGUCGCAUUCAAUUGUUUUAAUGGCUGUGGUAGACUCUCAGUAUCAAUUUUUAUUAGUGGAUAUAGGUGGACAGGGAAGGCAAAGCGAUGGUGGGAUAUUCCGAAACUCCUUGAUAGGACAGAAAAUUAUUAAUAAAACGUUGGAUAUCCCACCACCCAGAUCAAUAUCUGAAGGCAGGCAGCCCUUGCCUUAUGUGAUUGUCGGAGAUGAAGCCUUCCCAUUACUAGAAAACUUAAUGAGACCGUAUCCUGGUAAGACAGAUGACAGCGUAUCACGGAGAAUAUUUAAUUAUAGGCUAUCAAGAGCCAGAAGAAUUAGUGAAAAUGCAUUCGGAAUAUUAGUUGCGCGUUGGCGCAUAUUCCAACAUCCGAUAAUUAGUAAAGUAGACAAUAUUGAAAAUGUUAUCAAGGCGACAGUAUGUUUACAUAACUUUAUUAUAAAAUAUGACAAGAAGCUAUAUGUCACUCCUAACUUAGUGGAUCAAGAUAUAAAUGGAAGAUUAAUUCCUGGACUUUGGAGGGAAAACCUCAGCCACUUGUCUGAAAUUAGAGAUGGCAAUUACGAUUUGCGAAGUGCAAAGGAUAUCAGAGAACAAUUUUGCACAUAUUUUAAUGAAGAAGGUGCUGUGGAAUGGCAAUGGGAUACUCUUUAA